AGCAGGCAGGGGCCCUCACAGCGGGAAGCUUUUCCAGUGACAGCAGCGAUUAACAGGCAGGGGCCCUCACAGCAGCCAGCUUUUCCAGGGACAGCAGCGAUUAGCAGGCAGGGGCCCUCGCAGCGGCCAGCUUGCCAGGAACAGCAGCAGGAGUCCUGGCUGUGGGAUCUGACCUUUGAGGAGGGGAGCUUCUGCAGAGUGCUCAGCCUGGAUGGCUGCGGAGGCCCGGUCCCCACCCAGACCUUUCAUGACAGUGCGGCCAGACAGCGCAGGAGGAAGAGACCGGCCGGCUCCCGCGCCGGCCUUUUAAACCGUCCAGGAUGCUUCCGGGCAACAAGUCGCGCGCCCCCUUGACUCGGGCCGCACUUCUCGUGAGCGUGGGAAGCCCCCUGUGCCCGCACUGCAUCCACCUGGGCGCGUGGAGACAUCUCGGCGGUCUGCCGCUGGGGUCUCCUGGUGGAUUGCCAGAUGAGCUUUGAUGCUCGCCGCAGGGGUCCCCUCCCCCCAUCCUGCACAGCCUGGCUUCAGAGGCUGU